UUAGAUGAGCCUCGUUCAGGAGCGUUUCUUAGUUCAGACACGGACAGAGAGCAGACGGAGACGGACUCUCCUCCUCCUCCUCUUCCUCCUCCUCCUCCCCCUCCAUCUCUCUCUCUCUCUCCGCGCACCAUCCAUCCACACGCGUCUUUUGGAUACCUACGUCUCCUAGAGCGCGUCGGCUCAGUCCGUCCUCCAACCUGCCAUCUCCGCCGGAGUCCCGCUGGAAGAAGCCGGCCGCGCGGGGAUGAAGCCCGGCUGAGCGGCUCGCAGCAAGCGUUCAUCCUCCAGCUGGUGCCGCUUCCCUCCCUCCCUCCUUGGAGCGCGGCUCUGCGCAAUGGAUUUACGGCUGUCUGACAAAAGUUGGAUUUCGUAAGGAGCCGCGUGGACCUUAAAAUGCACAGAAAAGGACGGAGUUUUUAGUUUUAAAAAAAGAAAGAAAAAGAAGCCGUUGUUGGGUCGGAAGCACACCGUGAGAGGAGAUGCACAGAGCGUGGAUAUUCUUCUUUGUGAUGGAAGAGGCUUUUGCUCUGGCACAGAGAACCAAAGACUCCCCGGGCGAACAUGGCGGCCAGAGCCCCAGCCAGAACGACUGUGGCACGUGGGUCCGCAACAUCAACGGUGGGGUGUUCACUUCGCCGAACUACCCCACCACCUACCCGCCCAACAAGGAGUGUGUUUAUAUCCUGGAAGCUCUUCCUAGACAAAGGAUUCAGCUGGCGUUUGAUAAGAAUUACUACAUCGAGCCAUCAUUCGAGUGCCGCUUCGACCACAUCGAAAUCCGCGAUGGGCCAUUUGGGUUCUCGCCGCUCAUUGACCGCUUCUGUGGGGGAAAGAACCCGGGCCUGGUUACAUCGACGGGGCGCUUCAUGUGGAUCAAGUUCACCAGCGACGAGGAGCUCGAAGGCCUUGGCUUCCGCAUCAAGUACACCUUCAUUGCAGACCCUGAUUUCCAUCUGCACGUGGGCGGACUGCUGAAUCCCAUCCCAGACUGUCAGUUUGAAAUCGGGGGAUCGGAUGGGAUUAUUCGCUCCAGCCAGGUGGAGGAGGAGGAGAAAGUGAAGCCUGGUGAUGCUCUGGACUGUAUCUGGACCAUCAGGGCUCCUCCUCAUUCCAAGAUCUACCUGCGCUUCAUGGAGUACCAGAUGGAACACUCUAACGAGUGCCAGAAGAACUUUGUGGCCGUGUACGAUGGCAGCAGCUCCAUCGAGAACCUCAAGGCCAAGUUCUGUAGCACCGUGGCCAAUGACGUGAUGCUGAACAGCGGCGUGGGCGUCGUGCGAAUGUGGGCUGACGAGAAGAGCCGCCUGGGCCGGUUCCGCAUGCUCUUCACCUCCUUUGUUGACCCUCCCUGUUCAGGCAAUUCCUUCUUCUGCCACAGCAACAUGUGCAUAAACAACUCCCUGGUGUGCAACGGAGUUCAGAACUGUGUCUACCCGUGGGAUGAAAACCACUGCAAAGAGAAGCGAUCCGAGGGGCUUUUUCAUCAGAUCACUAAGACCCACGGCACCGUCAUUGGAGUCUCAUCAGGAAUAGUUCUGAUUCUUCUCAUCAUCUCGAUCCUGGUGCAGAUGAAGCAGCCGAGGAAAAAGGUUGUGGUUCGCCGGCCUGGUGGUUUCAACAAGGCGGGCUUCCAGGAGGUCUUCGAUCCGCCCCACUACGAGCUCUUCUCCCUGCGUGACAAGGAGAUGUCGUCAGAUUUAGCCGACCUGUCCGAGGAGCUGGACAGCUACCACAAGCUGCGGCGCUCCUCCACCAUGUCCCGCUGCGUCCACGAGCACCACUGCGGCUCGCAGGCCUCUGUGGCCACGGGCGGCGGCAGCAUGAAGCACAGCCGCACCACCCUGAGCUCCAUGGAGCUGUCCUACCACAACGACUUCUCCAAGCCGCCACCCAUGAAGACUUUCAACUCCACCUCCAGCUACAAGAAGAGCUGCUACGGCUACAAGCAGCACGCACAGACUCACGACUGCGACCAGCAGGUCAUCGAGGACCGCGUCACCGAGGAGAUCCCGUGCGAAAUCUACGGCCGCGGCGGAGGAGGGAUGGGAGGAGGCGCCAUGGGUGGAGCAAUGGGAGGAGGAGGAGGAGGGGCAUCAGGGAUUGCAGGAGGAGGGAUCGGCGGAGGGGUGGGGAUCACGGGAGGCGUGGCCAUGGCGGGCGGGAUGGGUAUGGUGGGGGGAGGGGGCAUGGCGGGCGGAAUGGGUAUGGUGGGAGGAGGGGGCAUGGGGGGGCCGAGUGGCAUCACCGGAGGAAUCGGCGGCGGGAUGGCAGGAGCCUGCGGAACCCUGGGCGUCCGUGGCAACAGCACGCGCAACAGUACCAUCAUAGUUGACCCACAGCAGCGCUCCAUGUCCAUGGACUUCUAGAUGGCGACCAGAGAAGGGGAAACAGAAGGAGCUCAUACUUCACUCGUGGAAAGAUAGGAGCGUCCCAGUCAUCUCAACCUGAUCACUCCGCUUUCCUUCUUCUGCCUUUGCUAAAAGUAUUGCACCCAAAGUCUGGUCCGAUAACUUGGAAAAUUGACGUAUACGAACCAGGGAUCACAAAGGCCAUUUGGUUUUGUUCUUCAGGACACUGGACGACGGAGGGCGAAGGGAGGAAGGCGACAUCUCGUCUCUCUUACAUUCUUCUAAUAUCUUCUUUUCAUAUGACACAAACAAGAAGAAAGUUCUCGCAUGCAGACCCUUGCUUCUCUCUUCUUGGGAGGCUUAGAAGACCGGGUAACCACUCAGAACCAAGCAGAAGAAAAGCCUGACUUUCUACAUUUAUUCACUGGACAUGCACAGAUAUAUGAUACAAAGUGCGUCUUCUAAUAAUUUGAGUCUUUAUUUUUGUCAGUGUACUGUACUGUUCAAAUCAGUAUAUAUCCUAACGAUGAUGCUGGGCUUUUAACUCUUUUUGCUCAGACGAUUUUAUGAAGAUGACAUAUGGUAACGGUCACGAGGUUGCUGUUGUUGAUGAUGAUCAGAUAUAUGACGACGAUGUUAAAGAUGUGAUAUUACUAUAAUAAUUCUGUAAUUUCUAUGGUUACCUCCCAAGUACACAGGGUGACCUUGAGUAUCUCCUCAGGAAGAGCACAUGAAGAGACCUAGGGUCUUAUUUUGGUAAGCAGUAGAGAAGAAAAAGUCUAUUCCUGCUCUUUGAGCUUUACAGCAUGUGGACAUUCAAGCUAUGAGUGAUUGUUUAUGGAACAGGAAGUGUUUGCUUGUGAAACCUUGACUGAAACAAAAUAGAAACCAUCCCACUUCCAAACCCCACCCUUACCAGGAGAACAUGUAUCUCCUUCAUUUCCCCAUGAACUCCGUGUGUAAAGACAAGCACAACCUGUUACCCUGACGAGACGGACGUGUAGCCUAUAGGGGACUCAUUUAUGGUUUUAACCCACUGGUUGUAUGUUUUCAUUCUGUUGAAUUAAAUGAGAGUUUACUCACC